AUGACAUAUUCUACACGGCCACUACGGCCGGGAGUAUACGUGCCACUACCCACGUUCUUUGAUGAACACCAAGAAAUUGACUAUGACAGCUAUCGGAGACAUCUACUAGCUAUGGUCACUCGCGGCAUGGGUAAGUUGUUUGAGCGUGAUUUCGAUGAGCGUGUAUCCCUUAUCCGCUUCAUCAGGGAAACUCUGGAUGGGGAAGGGUUGCAAUCUACCCCCAUAGUCGCUGGUGUAGGAGGACUCAGUACCAGAGAGACUAUUAGUCUCUCCAAAGCUGCUGCAGAUGCCGGGGCAGAUGCGGGUAUGGUUAUUUUACCUGCCUAUUAUGCCGCGAGUCUGAACACAGACAUGGACCAAGUCAUUCAAUACUAUGUGGAUAUUUGCGAAGCAUCGCCAAUUCCUCUAUUGCUAUACAACUUCCCAUCCAACGCUGGCGGCCAGGAUAUGUCUUCAGAAGUUAUCAGCGCAAUUAUGAAGAAAACAUCUAACUUAUGUGGAGUGAAGUUGACAUGCGGUGGAAGCAUGGGGAAGCUGAUCCGUCUUCAAGCGCUGAUCUCCGAAGAUACCACAAUAAAUGGGACUCGGAAAUUCCCCUUUCUUUUACUGGACGGCCUUAUUGCGGAUCUGACCCCCUGGAUUCAAUGUGCUGGUCAUGGCACUGUGAGCGGUAUUCCUAACUUUGUGCCAGUGGCUUCUAUGAGGCUCUGGUCACUACUGAAUUUGCCAUCCCCAACAGAGACGGAACGCAAUGAAGCGAGAAAGAUUCAGGCGAUUCUUGCGCGGGCUGAUGCUGCUGCGGUUCCAGGUGGUAUUCGGGCUAUGAAAUAUGCAUUAAACAAGAUGCAUGGGUAUGGGAUUGCCCCGCGAAGGCCAUUACUUCCGUUGGGGGAAGCUGAAGGGGGCGAGUUUAUGAAUGCUUUGGGUGAGGCAAUGCGACUUGAGUCUGAAUUAAGAGAGGCAACGUCAACUCCAUAG